AGAGAGAGAGAGAGAGAGAGAGAAGGGAGGGGGCGGACACGGAUGAGCUAACGUACUAAAACCAAUGCAUCAAACCAAUGCACUGCUUGGAGUGUGAUGCGUCAGCAGUACAAUCACGUUUUCAUUGAAGGACAAAAAGAAGAGCAGGCAUGUAAGUCUGCAUCCCGGAUGCCUGCUACUGCACCACUGAGCAUAACAAAAAACAUUGAUGCACAGUGGCGGGAAGGACGACUAACCCGGGGCAAGAAAGGUUAAAAAAAUAAAAAGGAAAGAAAGGAGGCAGGGAGCUACUUUUCCCUAGCCUCAGUGCUCAUCUACCAGCUCGAUCUGGACAGCUGUGGCGCUGACAAAGCCGAGCGCUCCAACUCUGCACUAAGCUCAGGGCACUGCAGCGCUAUACGGAUACUUCUGAUUGAAACAACGUCACAGAGAGGAGGGAGAAACACUCUCUCUUUUUUCUCUCAUUCCAGGGAGUGAGAGAGCACGCUCGAAAGCAAGAGAGAGUGAAGAAGAAACAGGGCAGAGGAAGCGAUCUCUCUCCAGCGAACGAGCCUUCUUACGGAGCUGCCUCUGCACCGUUACCCCCCUUUACACCUUCCUGGACUCUAAUCGUCAACUUCUCAUAGAAAGAUUUAAGGAUUAUUGGGAAGCAUGUAGAAAGAACCCUGCAGCGUUUGCUGUAUGCGAGCUCGAGUGUAUGGAGAUGGAACGCGGAGCUACAUAAGGAAAGAAAUGCGCUAAUGACCGCAGUGUCACGGUCUUUUCAGCUGGACAAGGUGCUGACAAAUCGAGCGGACAAAACGUACUGAGAGGGAGGGAGAUGAACAAAGUAAACAUGUGUGAGUGGUCCUCUAUGGAGAAAUGGGUAUUUAGUAGCAGCAUCAAGCGGAGGUUUCCAAGGACAAACAUCUGUGGAUAGUGUGAGAACAAGCAUUCAAUAGGAGCCAAACUGGAUUGGUACUUUUGCCUACAGCUCUGAGGCCCUGCAGAGCUGCUACAUGUCUCCUCGGAUGCUCCUCUGUGGAUUUAUUGGGGCCACUUUUGUAUUUCAUCUCUUGUUUUCUGACAAAUGAAAAAAAGAGAAGGCACUGCUUAUCCUGGGAAUAUGGGAAUUUGAGGGGAAACAAAAUCUAUAUUGUGAUUGCAAAAAUUGGACGUGUAACACCUUUGAGGUAGGUGUUGAGCCUUUCCAACCCUUUUUUAUACAUAAUAUAUUCCCCCGCUUUAUUUCAUUCAUUUCACUUCUCCCUUUUUACUCAAGUUUUUGUCACUAAACGUUUAGCCUCCAGUUCAGUAAAUGGAAAAACAAUCUAGAGUGUUGUUUAACCCAGGGUAGGGCUUCAUUAGUCAGAGUUGAACCCUCCCCUUCCCCCGCUUACUACCCCCCUCUCCCCAACCACCAUCAUCACCCCAUACCCCCCCAGACGAUGCUGAAUUAUGAAUGUGCCACAUCAUGAGUCUCCUGGGGCGGGUAGCUGUGCAUCGAGCCAGGAAAGCCGCCUUGCUCUGUGUCCUGUUCCUCAUGGUUCAAGCAUGCGUGGAGGUGGCAGCUAUGGCAGGGCCCCAGGGCUGCCCGACUGAUUGCUCCUGCAACAACCAGCUCAGCAAGGUGGUGUGCACCAGGCGUGGGCUCACUCGUGUGCCACCAGGUAUACCCAGCAACACCCGGCACCUAAACCUGAUGGAGAACGCCAUUGAGUCUGUGCAGGCCGACUCUUUCCGCAACCUACAUCACCUGGAGGUUUUGCAGCUGGGCCGCAAUGCCAUUAGGCAAAUUGAAGUGGGUGCCUUUGGUGGACUGACCAAUCUCAAUACACUGGAACUAUUUGAUAACAGGUUAACAGUAGUGCCAAGUGGGGCAUUUGAGUAUCUGUCCAAGCUGCGAGAGUUGUGGCUGAGAAAUAACCCCAUUGAAAGCAUCCCAUCGUAUGCAUUUAACCGAGUGCCAUCCCUAAUGAGAUUGGAUCUGGGUGAACUGAGGAAACUGGAGUACAUCUCAGAUGGGGCUUUUGAAGGUCUAGUCAACCUCAAGUACCUCAACCUGGGAAUGUGCAACAUUCGAGGAGAGAUGCCCAACCUAACACCUCUGGUUGGGCUGGAGGAGCUGGAAAUCUCAGAGAACCUCUUUCCUGAGAUUAAACCAGGUUCAUUCAGGGGACUAUCUUCACUCAAAAAGUUAUGGAUCAUGAACUCUCAAAUAGGGCUAAUAGAACGUAAUGCAUUUGAUGACCUGGCCUCUUUGGUGGAGCUGAAUUUGGCCCACAACAAUUUAAGUUCACUGCCCCAUGACCUCUUUACACCACUGAAGUACCUGGUGGAACUUCACCUCCACCACAACCCCUGGAACUGCGGCUGCGACUCUCUCUGGCUAGCACGCUGGCUACGUGAGUACAUACCCACCAAUUCGACAUGCUGUGGGCGUUGUCACUCCCCUGCACACAUGAGAGGCCGCCAGUUGGUUGAACUUGACCGGGGUGACACUGGGGCAAUGCAGUGCUCUGCCCCUUUUAUCGCAGAUGCCCCAAGAGACCUGAAUAUUUCUGCUGAACGUGUGGUAGAACUGCGAUGUCAAACAGCGGCUAUGUCUGCUGUGCGAUGGCUCCUACCAAAUGGGACGGUUCUCACUCAUGCAUCAAGCCAUCCACGAAUAACAGUGCUGAACGAUGGGACUUUGAACUUUUCAAAUGUGCUAACAGGUGACACAGGCAUGUACACCUGCAUGGUGUCCAACAUGGCUGGAAAUUCCAACGCUUCAGCCUAUCUAAACGUAACUGCAGCUGAGCUCAAUACGUCCAACCUCAGCUACUUCACCACAGUCACAGUGGAGGUCCUGAGCCCCAGAUCUGAAAUGUCCAAGCCCAAAACCACAACAACUACAGCAGGUGCCAGCACCACUACCACGGCAUCGCCAUCCGUCUUUCAGCCAGUUUUCAUCUCCACGCCGACAGUCCUUCUACAGAACACUGACACUCCAAGUAGCCCAUCUGUUGUACCUGGCUCAAAAGUGACGACAGGAAAGCCGCCCAACCCAGCCAGUACCAGUCUGGAUGAGGUGAUGAAGACAACAAAGAUCAUUAUUGGUUGUUUUGUGGCAGUAACCUUGCUAGCAGCAAUCAUGCUAAUUGUAUUUUAUAAACUACGAAAGCGGCAUCAGCAGAGGAGCACAGCGGCUGCAGACAGUACUGUGGAAAUUAUUCCAGUAAAGGAAGAAUUGCCACCACUGGCAUCUGCUGCCAAUUUAGCAGGGCAGGGGGCACUGACUCUGCCAGAGAUAAGGGAUCAUAGCAGUAUUUACAAACUGGACUACAACACCCACAGUUCUGACUACAGCUACAAACCAAAACUAGAAUACAGUUUCAAUAAACCCAUGGAAGAUUUCAGCAUCCAUAAACUUGAGUCAGACUACAACACCUACAAAUCUAAAACAGACUAUAUGUACAAACCUACUCUGGAAUACGAAUCUCACAAAUUGACGGACUAUUCACACGCAUCACUGUCGGAUUACCACAUACGCAAAAAACCCGAGCAGAGCCCUUACAGACAUGGAUAUAGUACUUACAAACCUGACUACAAAUCUCAUACUCCUAAACCAGAUUUCAGCCAAUUCAAACCAAAGUACAUUGUUCCAAAAUCCAAAACGGACUACAGUAUGCCCAAGCCCAUAUAUUCCAGCCCCUCCAAUUCAGACUGCAGCCUUUUCAAACCUGACUACAGUGCUUUCAAGGCAGAGUACAGACAACUCAAAGCAGAAUGUGUCAAUUGUGACUUCAGCCCUCACAAGUCCAAAAUGGAUAACAGUCCUCACAAGGUGGACUGCAGCCCACAUAAGACCAACUACAGCACCCUAAAGCCCAAAUACAACACUUACAAGCCACCAGGCCACAGUGCCAAAUGGACAGAAAGCAACAGCAUUGGAAAUUCUUUGCCUCGAACCUUGCCCAGUGCUAUCACAUCUACUUCUGAGGCCCUUGUUAGAAAAACUCACACCAAGGAGAGAGUACAAGAGACACAGAUAUAGUCUGGCCCACAACAAAUCAGAACCUCAGUCAAACAACCCUCUCUCCCCUCUAUAGGCCCUAACCUGAGCAUAAAAACAUGCAAUAGAAUACACAAAAGAGAGGGAGGAAAAAACAACAACCAGGAACUACUUUUUUUUUUUUUUUUGUACAGAGUGCAAUUCUUAAAAAUUGGUUCUUGUUGUACAUGCUUAUAAAUAAAUAUAUAUGGAAAAACUGAAACUACAAUGGGCUGGUAAUAGAGAAGCAGAUUUUUUAUUAUAUAUAUAUAUAUAUAUAUAUAUAUAUAUAUAUAUAUAUAUAAUAAAUUGAAACUAUUUUUUACCUUAUAAGUCCUAUUUAAAAUAUGAGUUGUUUUAAAAUGCUGUACUGAAUUUAAGAAAUGAGGGUAAGUCUUGUUUAAAAGGGCAUUCUGUGUGAUUUCUAAACAAUGCUACAGAGAAUGCAGUGAGAAAAAAAAAACUUUAUACUGAGAAGUCUUUCUUUAAAAAAAGGUCAGUGUUGAUCUUUGCUGGUUUAUCUUGUAAAAGCACCAUGAAUUUGUACCGUGCCAAAUGUUACAAAUGCAAUAAAAGGAUUUUUGGAAGAAAAGAAAAAAAAAGAACCACCAUUUAGAUAUUUUUUUUCUUUCUUGAUGUGCUGUUGCGAUCAGCCAAAUGCUUUAGACACUGCAGUAGAACUCACUGCAGUUCUGCUUUAACCCACUGAGUGCUGGGUGCCACUCAAGUCUAAAAGGCUGGGCAAAGGCUGCUUUUCUUCCUUUUUCUUUGAACUCUGUAUGCUUUUUAGAGCUGCAUUGUCUUAACUGAGCUUAUAUAAUUUAUUGGUGAAUUGUUAUUUUGUGUCAAACGAGAUGGCUAGUUAAAAAAAUUACACAUUUCACUGCCUUAUUACCAAAGAUCUGCUAUUAGUGUCAGGUAAACAUGAUCGUGAGGCUGUUGCAUGUUGUUUUUUGGAAAAUUGAUGCCUGAAGAAGAACUCGGAAUACAUGAAAAAGACAGGUCUGCACAAAAGAGCUGGCCUGGCUUUGCUUUUAGCACUUUAGAACGGUCUGGUCAAAAAGAAGUGGUUGUUAAGCAAUUUGAAAAACAUUCAGAGUGAAGCAUCCAUUCCUUUAUAACUCAGUGUUUUUUACAGGGACUGAGUGGUAUAUGUAGAUAAAUCAUGACGCACAUAAAAAUUCUGAGACGUCAUGAUAAAACAAAAUUCUGAAUUGCUUGUAUCACAAGCAAUUUCCUAUGUACACUGCAAGGCAAUGCAUUAGACAUUGACAUCACACAGAUGGGCAGUGAGUUGUCAUAAAUCAAGCAGAUUCUUUAUGCUCAUAAGAGGUGCGUCGUGACAUAUUGCAGAGGCUCUUAAGCUUUUGACUGUGACGUGUAUAUUAUCCUGUUCUUCUCACUCAUUCAGCAAGGCUCUUUUGAGUGUCAGCGAUUGCUUUCUAUUUUGGCUAACUGAAAUGCAAGAAUAAGAAAUAAUGAAUUAUAGAAAAAAUGAGGUCAUAAAUUGAUGGCAUAUUAGAGGGUAAUAAAAUAGAAUACAUGUUUGCAUUGCAGGGCAUAUUGCAUGCAGGCUGUCUAGGAGAUUAAAGCUGAUUACAUGAUAAUUGAUCCAGCUCACACAGACACACAACCUUUGACAUAAAGUUUGGACAUCUGACCACAGUGAGACACAGUACCAAAGAAAGUCAUUGGAAACAGUAUUUCUGUAUAUAAUGUCUUCAUCAGUAAUUUUGGCUGUCUGUCAAAGCAGUGUAUGGUACGUUUGCACCACAGAUCCCGGUUCAGUGGUAGUUUGGGUUAUGAAAAGUAUUAACCUAGUCUAGAUAUUGCCUGCUUUAAAGGUUUUUUAUUUUACUUUAUAAAUCUAUUCAGGCAUAGCAUUUUGCAACAUAUUUUACAGCUUAUAACCCUUGUUCUGGUGUCGUCACAAACAAAGCCUUUGUUGCUGCAAUAACUUUAAAAACUGCAAUUACAGCCAGUGAGCUGCCGUUUAUACAGUCUACUGUCAGGGCUAUAAUUGCCAGUCUGGUUUUAAUGGAGCAUUGUAUAGGACUGAAGUGGAUCCUUGAGUAAGCAGGAUAUAAGAGCAGAGGAAGAGAAUAAAGGAAGAGGGCACAUUCUGCUGAAGGGUUUGAGGACCCUUCAUGCUCUUCAGCCCACUGGUGAGAGAAAGCGGCCCGUAUUCACCAAACUAGGCUGCAGUGUGGCUCAUGAGAUGGACAUUUACAAUAAUAUAUCUGCUCAAACACAAGAGGGAAAUAAUAGAGAGGAUGUUGUUAUGAAAUGACAUGGAAGAGAAGCUAGGAGGGGGCACGGGGUUAGGUAGGUGAAAACAUUUUCAACCUGUCAAUCUUGAACCAGAAGAAAGGUUGAAGAAAUAUUGCAUAUAAAACAAGCAAGUGUGUUUAUCUAAUAAGAAUGAGAUUUAGACAGCAAAGGACUAUAAUGACUGGGCUGUACCAGUGUAGGUCUAAAAAUUGGGGCAUUUAUAAAGUAGAGGUGGUAUACUGGCCUGUGAUGGACCACCUAGAAAUGAGGGACCAGAUGGGGUCAGAAACCUGGCUUACCAAACCUUGCAGGAAGAGAGAAUGACACCUUUAUGGUGCUGUUAAUGGUGAGAACAUAUACUGUUUGGGUUCAUUCUGGUGCUUCGAGUUAUUAACAGCUUAUUUCUGUCCCCCGCACAUAAAAGAUGCGUUUCAUUUAUUAGGGUAAUUCAAAGUGACAGACUGCUAUAUUUCACCAAGGCUGAUCAAAUGGCUUGAUCAUUAUUCUAUCCAUAACCAAGCUCUACUUGGCUAAAGAUGGGAUGGUAUUGAUUCACUAAAAACAAUAGUUUCAAAAGAAUCGUUCCUUUGAGAAUCAGUUAAAACGUUGAUUAUAAAAUAACUUCUUAAUUCCCAGGGCGAUCAGGUGCCAAAGGUAUUGAAACAUUAGUAAUAGUACAAGCUCCAAAAUAUACAAACAGCAUUGUAAACUGAUAACAUAUAUUAUAUAAUCAUUUUGUUUUUAUUUUAAUUUAGAAAAAAAAAAUAACAUUAGCUCUAAUUUAGAUAAAAAUUAUCAGCCCAUGCAUUUCCUGGAAACCAAACCCAUGACUUUGGCAUUGCUAACUCCAAGCUGAGCUACAAUUGAUCAUUUUCGACAAUCCAUGUUUACUUAUAAUCUGCCUUGUACAUGUUUACUGCUUGGUUUACUGUGAUUUAAAAGGUAAUGUUUUUACAUACUUCCAUUAUUUGCUAAAACAGCCCUUUUACAAAAACUUCGAGCAUUUGUCAUUGUCUGACCUUCUCAUAUGUUGUCCCAGGAGAGCUCCUAAACAGAUGUUAACUGGCUGCAGUUCUGUCUGGGCCUCAGUUCUGGCCGAAAAUAAAAGUUGUGGCUUUGUGAAGGCCACUGAAGGCCCUUUAAUGAAAGGCAAACAGUUAAUCAAUGUUUUGUUAGGUUUUGUUAUGUUUAUACCCUCGUCCAUAAAGGGGGAGAAUAGAGUCCAAUUACCCAUGAAGUAAACACAGCAAAGAGCAGUGCUGGGGUACCAAAUCACCCAUCAUUAAUUCAGAUGCCACCGUCUAUGGUUAAUCGCCGGUGCACAGAUUCCGUCACACCAUUUGUUAACCUCUGAGCUGGAAUACUAAAGCACACUAGCACUUAAAAGGAAACACAAAGGCAUAGAUGCUCUAUAUCUUCACACAGUCGCAAAUCAAGUAACUCUUUAGACAAAUAAUAUUCGCUUCACAUAAUGCUCGCCAUAAAAUCAUUAUGUGAAAAAAAAAA